AUGAGUCCCGAGAGGAGGAAUGCGUACCUCGACGCAGGAUUCUCAGAGGAAUCCGACCAGGAUGACGCUGGCUACGAUUCCGAAGCCGUCGAAGUGUCGAAAGCGGGCCGAGCAAGCAAGAGGCGGAAGAUCGAACACGAAGAAAGCAGCGAUGAAGAAGAAGAAGAAGAACUUGUUGCGCUCGACCGGAAGAACCGCAGUCGAGCAACAAAGAUGACGAGCGGAGUGCCUGCUAGCCAGCCAGAGCCCGACAGUGGUGAGGAUGAACCUGAGAAUGAGAUUGGGAAUGGCGACGAGAGUACAAAACACAUUCAGGACGAAGGCCGGGUCACAGAAGGAAGCGUGGCGGCGGCGGCGGCGGACAAAGAAAUGCAAUCGUCGUCCAUAACGGGCGAGCCUUCAGUGCAGAAAAGAUCCAAAAAAUCCAAGUCCAAAGAGACAACCCCGGGCGUGGUCUACCUCUCAUCCCUCCCUCCCUAUCUCAAACCUUCCGCGCUCCGCAAUCUCCUGGAACAGCGCGGCUUCACCCCGAUCAAGCGGCUCUUCCUGUCCCCCGCCUCGCGCCACGCGCACAACUCGAAAAAGAACUCGCGCCAACUCUACACGGAAGGGUGGAUCGAAUUCUCGUCGAAAAAAGUCGCGAGACGAUGCGCGGAGACGUUGAAUGCCACCAACGUAGGCGGCAAGAAGGGCGGCUGGUACAGGGACGACGUGUGGAAUAUGAAGUACUUGAAGGGGAUGAGGUGGGAGGAGUUGAUGGCGGGAGUGAGGGAGGAGAAGAGGGAGGAGGAAGGCAGGAGGGACGAAGAGAGGAGGAUCAUCGCGCGGGAGACGAGGCGGUUUAUCGAGGGCGUCGAGGAGGGGAGGAGGGUCGAGGGCAUCAGGAGGAAAAAGGCUACCAGGAAGGGUGACGGCGAGGAGGGCCCCUUCAAUCACGGUGGAGGUGGAGGUGAGGCUGCCGUGGAUGUCAAGAGAACUUGGAGGCAAAAUGAAGUCAAGGGGAAGAAGAAAGGACAGGACACUGCUGGGCCCGAGAAGAUAAGUGACGACGUGAAACAAGUGUUGAACAGGAUCUUCUAG